UCCACCUUUUUGUAUCUCCUAUAUAUACCUCGAUUUCUUUCACACACUUCCUCUGGUUCCACAUCAUCUUCUCUACAUACCUAUUCUCUUCAUAUUUAAUCUUCUUCUUCUACACACACACACGCAACCACAUAUAUGUUUAUGUACAUGUGAAGUAGUACUGAGAUCAACAUCGUUAUCAAUGAAUUUACCACCGGGAUUCAGGUUUUUCCCAACGGACGAAGAACUCGUCGUCCACUUUCUUCAGCGCAAAGCCUCACUCUUGCCUUGUCAUCCUGACGUCAUCCCCGACCUCGAUCUUUACCCUUACGAUCCUUGGGACCUUCCCGGUAAAGCUUUGGGAGAAGGGAGGCAAUGGUACUUCUAUAGUAGAAAGACGCAGCAAAGAGUGACAAGCAAUGGGUAUUGGGGAUCAAUGGAAAUAGACGAGCCAAUCUUCACAAGCUCCACACACAAGAAAGUUGGCAUCAAAAAGUAUUUUACUUUCUAUCUUGGAAAUUCUAAAACUAACUGGAUCAUGCAAGAAUAUUCCCUCCCAGAUUCUUCUUCUUCCUCUAAGAGAUCUUCUAAGAGAUCAGGCCGUGGCUCUACUAGUUCUAGUCACAAAACCGAUUAUAGCAAGUGGGUGAUAUGCAGAGUGUAUGAACAAAAUUGCAGUGAGGAAGAGGAUGAUGAUGGGCCAGAACUCUCAUGUUUGGAUGAAGUGUUUUUGUCUUUAGAUGAUCUUGACGAAGUAAGCUUACCGUGAUAAAGACAAAAGCACCCAAAAAGAAAAGGUUUAGUGGGUCAUUAUUUAUAAAACAUUUCUGUACCAAGAAGAAAAUGGAAAAGGAGGAUGAGAAUGACAUCAUUCUUACAAGUUAUAUGUUGUAAGAUUAGCAAUCCCCAAUUUGCAAGCAAGAAGCAAAAAACAAAGGAAGAAGUUAUAGUCUUGUUGUAUUUUAUUUUAUUUUUCUAAUUCAAUAUAUCUUUUUAAUACUAAA